GCCAAUCUGUCACGCUCGUCGGGUCGCCGGGAAACAAGCGACCCCAACAAACAUGUCAAUACAGGAGCGUUGCGUGAGAGUGCUGGGUGCCUGCCUCGUUUUGGAAUGCCCAAGACACUAUUCUAUUGGCAGAACUUCUGCUUAGACCCCCAUUACAGCAGACAUGAAUAUGCCCGUGCUAAACUACUGCCUGUUGGCCGUGAAGGUUGUGGUGCGGGGGCUGGCAGGCUUGGCUCCUGGCUCUGCAUGUCUUCACGGGACACGCCUCUCGCGCAUCACUCGCCUCUUCGAGGAAGCACAAGUACACAGGCAUUUGACAAGGAUGGAGCUCCCCAGAACCAACUUGGAAGUGCUGCUGAAAGGAAGAGAGGCGAGAUUCACUGUGUGUGUCGAGGGAAACAUUGGAAGCGGAAAGUCCACGCUACUGAACCACUUUUCAAAGUUUACUGAUGUUGAGGUAUUCCAGGAGCCUGUCCAGAAGUGGCAGAAUGUUAAAGGAAACAACCUUCUGGCACUGAUGUAUGAGGACCCACAGCGCUGGGCACACACUUUUCAGGCUUAUGUGCAAAUGACUAUGUUGGAGCAGCACUUGCACCCCUGCCACGUUCCUGUCAAGCUCUUGGAAAGGUCACUCUACAGUGGCAGGUUCUGCUUUGUUGAAAAUCUCUACAAGUCAGGCAAGCUAACGAAUGCAGAGUACAGUGUUUACUGUGAGUGGUUUAAAAUAAUCACCCAAAAUCUGCCUGUUGGUGUUGACCUGAUUGUUUACUUGAGAACUGACCCUGAGGUGCUGCAUGCCCGCAUUAAGCAGCGUGCAAGGGCUGAAGAACACACUAUCCCUCUGCAGUAUCUAAGAGACCUGCACAACUUGCAUGAGGAGUGGCUCUUGGGGCAAAAUUCCUCACUCCCUGCCCCACUCCUAGUCAUUGAUGCAAAUGAAACUCUCCCCAACAUGUACAGGAAGUUUGAGGAACACACAUCAGAGAUCUUAUGCGGGAAGUUAGCAGCGUGUGAGAAGGAGCAGCAGGAAGCAGUGACAUGCAGAGUGGUUCCCCAUUCACCUGUUAAAAUAGUGAACUGAACUAAUAAGUGAAGUGUUAUUUAUCUAUUGUAAGAGAUAAUUCAAUUUGCAUUUUCUAAGAGAAUUCACUAGUCAUGGAAAGUAUAAGUUUUAAAAUAUAACAUAACAUUGCAUGAAACUAAGUAAGUGAAAGAGGAAACAAAUUCAGAAAUUUUGUUCUGAUCUUGGUUGUUGUUUGGAGUUAGCUUUCUGGGCUUUAGCCCCAAAUCUUUUCAGGAAUCAUUUUAUAGUAUUUUAGACUGUUUUGUUUCUUGUAUUUGCCCUCAGAUGCCAGGAAAUACUGUCAGAGACAGUCUAAAUAGAAUACCAGGGGAGCAUGCCCUAGACCUACUUAGGACUCAUGCUUUCAUCACUUGUUCUGCAGAACUGUGGGCUAGUCCUCAAUGUCCUAAAUAUGUAGCAAUUGUCCUGGUUCUGAUACUCUUAUGUCAUCUGUUGCUUUUUUAUCAUUGAUAAUGAUGGUAGGUAGGAUAGUAAGCUGACUGCUGGAGGUAAUAUUGAAACAGGCAUUGAGGGGACCAAAAUGAGGCCAAAGAAGGUUUAAUACUGGUCUGUUAUGUAUGACAGACCUUAAGGUUUUAAUGAAAAGAUGUUUUUGGUUGUAUAUGUUUAUGAAGUUCUCUUCAAGAGUAAGCCAAGAGUUAGCUAAGCUAAUGAUUGACUUCUCUGACAUUUGGUACUGAGCAGAGCUUUGUGGUCAAAUGCAGUAAUGUUUGUAAUAUGCUUACCAUGUUAGGACCUCUUGCUGAUUCUCUGGGGUUCCUUUGUUGGCUGUUAUGAGUAUGGGCCCUUUUUGGACAAGCCCCCCUCCCCCUCUCUCCCUUCCCCUUUUUUUGGUAAACCUAAAUGUAGGUAGUAUUAACCCCUUCAUUGCUAAACGCUCGCAGUGAGCAUUAGGCGUAUUUGCUGGUGAUGCUAAACGCUCGCUGUGAACUCCAGCCACAUUCAAAUUUCCUGUGUAUGAGAGUAUUCCAACAAUAUUUCUCACAACACAGGAUUGCCAAUUGAGUGGGUUCUCCACUAAAUUUGGUGGAAAAUCAUAGCCCAGUGUGGAAAAUCUACGGACAAGUAACUGGUGGAUGUUCUUGUCCAAUAUAGCGGCAUUUUUGCAUAGCUUCACUUAUCACCUGACUGAUUCUUCGACCAAAUAGUUGCAAAUAUUGCAGUUGGCAAUACUACCUUGCCAGAACCUCAAGGAGAGAUGUCCGCAGUUCUCUUAAAAUGGCUGAUCAUCACGCACGCACUGACGUAAGUGUUUACAUUCAUCACUCCCUGAAUGUGCAUGUAUGUUUGCAGGAGAGGCAUACAUAGCUGACUCCUAUAGAUCUGGGCCUCCUCUUUCCAAUAGUGUUUUUGGUUUUUAGCUGUGAUGAAUAGUUUUUGAGAUACAGAGGUUAAAAUAGACCCCCCAUUUGGCUGCCCAAUUGCGCCUGGAUUAAUGGGUUAAUGAUUUUCAUUUAUCUAGACAUCUGGGAUAACCCAUUGCUUAUCAGAUACUUGUAAUGUUGAUGACCAUUUUCAUUAUGUUUAGUUGUUUAACCCGGUAGCAGCAGGGAUCAUGUUUCUUAAUGGUCCCCCCAAGCGAGAAAAAUGAGAAAAAAUCACCCCUCACACAAACCAUUUCAUAAUAUAUAUCCAAUUAUAUGUGAUCAGAUUAUGUAUCAUCUAUUUUGGGGGGUUUAUAUUAUGGCACAAAUUUGGCCCGUCGCUGCUACACGGUGAAGCCACAAAUUUGGCCCGUCGCUACUACACGGUGAAGCCACAAAUUUGGCCCAUCGCUGCUACUGGGUUAAAGCAUUCCAGUUGAGUAUUUCCUUGUGAUCUGGGAUUUUUUAUUGUCCAAGGUCCUCCCAUGGUCUACUUCACAAGGAGCAACAGUGGUUGAAAUAUUGAUGGAUGGAGAAACUGAAGACAAAGUGAAUGUGAUAUUGAAAUAAAUACCUUUUCUAGAAAU